AUGGACACUCAAUACGAAAAACAUGGCCUCCUAGGCUGUGAAGACCGCUCUUCUUCGGAAUUCUUCGAGACCAAAGAGGACCUUGCUACCAUCACUGCCCCCCGCCGCUCUUUCCGCUCUCGGGCGUGGUCACUCGCGCUCGCUGCUCUAUUGACAUUGACUGCAUUCGCUUACUGGGGUUCUUCAUCUUUUACGUGUGGCCAGAAAGUGAUGCCAAUCAAAAGCAUAGAACACCGCGUUCACGAGAUUCUUUCCGAAACACCUCUUAUCGACGGCCACAACGACCUUCCUAUACUCGUACGAGCUAUAUAUGGCAACAAAAUCUAUAGCUCCGACUUCGUCAAGCGGUUUCUUAGUGGAAAUUUGACUGGCCACGUUGAUGCACCACGCUUGGCCGACGGUCAAGUCGGCGGUACUUUUUGGAGUGUGUUCGUCCCAUGCCCUGCAAACGGCGCGGAUUUUUCGAGCGAGAAUUAUGCAGAGAGCGUCAGGAUGACCUACGAACAGGUUGAUGUCAUGACAAGAAUUCAACAGGAAUUUAAGCAUAUUCUUUCCAAGCCGCCAAAUGGUAGAACAGCCCUGAAAGAGUUCCGUCAAGGCAAAGUCAUUUCGCCUUUUGGAAUCGAGGGCUUGCACUCCAUUGGCAACUCUCUCGCGCAUCUUCGCUCAUUCUACGAACUUGGCGUCAGAUACGCGACGUUGACACACAAUUGCCACAAUAUUUACGCCGAUGCAGCUCUGGUCGAAGUCCCCGGCGCCGGAGUCAAAAAGGCAGAUCCAGUGUGGAAUGGUAUCAGCGAAAAAGGGAAAAUCAUCGUUUCUGAGAUGAACCGACUCGGUAUGAUCGUCGACCUGGCCCAUGUUAGCGAAGCUACAAUGCGCGAUGUCCUCGGUGCCGGCAAAGAUGACUGGAUUGGUAGUGAAGCACCUGUGAUUUUCAGCCAUAGUUCCGCCUAUGCUCUGUGCCCGCACCCUCGCAAUCCGACAGAUGAGACGUUGCAACUCGUCAAAAGGACUGGUUCGCUCGUCAUGGUCAAUUUUUAUCCUCAGUUCAUCAGUUGUACCGCAUCCGAUCGCGAAGACGGAAUGCCUGACUUCUAUCCCCCAAAUGCAAGCCUUGCCCAUGUUGCAAACCAUAUUAUGCAUAUCGGUAACCUCAUUGGCUUCGACCACGUCGGCCUGGGUAGUGACUUUGACGGCAUCGAGUCUACGCCCAAGGGUCUGGAAGAUGUCUCCAAGUACCCGGAUUUGAUUGCAGAGCUGCUUAGACGUGGAGUCAGCGAUUCGGAUGCUGCCAAGGUGGCUGGAGGAAAUCUGCUUAGGGUGUGGGGCGAGGUUGAGAAAGUUGCGCUCGAGUUGAAGGCUGGCGGUGUAAUGCCGGCAGAAGAUGAUAUACCUCCUUUCGGGCCUGAUAUGAUUUCUGUUUAG